CCGCCCGCCGCGAUGGCCCGCUCGUCUUCCGCCCUCGCCUCCACGGUCGUGUGCGCGGCCGCUCUGCUCCUGUUCGCCCCAGCCUUCGUGCCGGGGCCCGUGGCCGGCGAGAGCCCGGCACUGCGCGGGGGCGCGCCGGUGGCCGCGGCGGCAGUGUACGGCGGUCUCGCGGGGGCGGUCCCGGAGCCGGCCGCGGCGUGGUCGGAGCAGGAGCUCAACAAGGCGGGCCUCUUCUUCUCGGUCUUCUUCGUCUUCUUCUUCGUGGCGGGAUUGGCCCGCAUGCUCACCGUUGGGAAGCUGUGA